CUGGCUGUUCCGACAUGAAUGUGCCUGCCCAGUAGAGAGAGCUGUAGGUAGCUAUUUCCUUUCCAUUUCAUAUCACAGGGGCGGUUAAAGGAAAACCCAUCCGUCUGAGCACAGUCGUGCCAGCUUGUGCGAACUGAACCCACACACCUGGCCUGGGCAUGGACGAACAGGCAGGGCCUGGCGUGUUCUUUAACAACAACAACAACUCGGGUUUGCCAGGCGCUGGCAAAGGACCGCAGCUGCCGGGCGACGUCGGUGGCGGAGAGGCGGCCAGGGCUCAUUACAACAUUCCGGGGAUAUUGCACUUUCUGCAACACGAAUGGGCCCGCUUCGAGGUGGAUAGAGCGCAAUGGGAGGUGGAGCGAGCCGAAUUGCAGGCCCAGAUAGCCUUCCUGCAGGGUGAGAGGAAGGGCCAGGAGAACCUGAAGAAGGACCUGGUCAGAAGGAUCAAGAUGCUGGAGUAUGCCCUCAAACAGGAGAGGUCAAAAUACCACAAGCUCAAAUAUGGAACAGAGUUGAACCAAGGAGACAUGAAACCUCCCAGCUACGAUGAUUCCGAUGAAGGGAAUGAAAACGAGGUCCCGAGCCCCCCCAACAGUAGUCAGCUGGGUUGGAAACAGGGACGGCAGCUGCUCAGACAGUACCUUCAGGAGGUGGGCUACACGGACACCAUCUUGGAUGUAAAGUCCCAGAGGGUCAGGGCGCUGCUGGGCCUGGCUGGAGACUCUGGAGAGAGGCCGUCGGUCAGGAAACCGGAACCCAUGGUCAACGGCACCGAGCCAUCUUUUCAGAAGGACAGCGGCAUGAUCAGUAAACCUGACAUGUCUGACUCGGCCACUGUCCUUGAGGCCUUCAAGUUCAUAGAAAGCGCCGCCGCCGAGUUUAGCGACGAAGAUGACGAUGAAGACAGCGACGGGAGGGACAAGACCAUUAUGAACUUGGCCACUAUGGUGAGGAAGAAGACGUCUUCUUCCCCCUCCUCAUCCUCGGACAUGAGUGACGACCCGGACACAGAGGAGGCCCUGAAGGGCUUUGACUUCCUGGCCAGCCCAGAUGAGAUGGAAGGAUCGCCCGAUGUCCGGAGUGUCGAAGACAGCGGUGACUGGGGGCCUAAUCGGUCCAAACUGCAGGAUAUGCUGGCCAACCUGCGAGACGCCGAGGAUCUCCCCUCCAUGCAGCCCCCCGUGACACCGCCAUCCCGGCCCAGCGUCCCCAGGCUCAACGAGCAUGAAGUGGGCCACCCCGAAGAAGUGGAGGCCAUGACGUUUCCGCCCACGUCAGGGAAGUCGUUCAUCAUGGGGCCGGACGAGGCGGCGGAGAGCGAGCUAGGCCUGGGCGAGCUGGCCGGCCUCACUGUGGCCAACGAGGCGGACAGCCUGACCUACGACGUGACCAGUAGUCAGGAUGCGCUGCGGAAGACGUGGAACCCCAAGUUCACGCUGCGGAGCCACUUUGACUCCAUCCGGGGCCUGGCCUUCCACCCCGUGGAGCCCGUCCUGGUCACUGCCUCCGAGGACCACACCCUCAAACUGUGGAACCUCCAGAAGACCGCCCCCGCCAAGAAGUGUGCUGCCCUAGAUGUGGAACCCAUCUAUACUUUCAGGGCCCAUCGGGGUGCGGUGUUGUGUGUGACCAUGAGCUCCACAGGAGAGCAGUGCUUCAGUGGGGGGGUGGAUGGAACCAUUCAGAGCUGGAACACCCCUAACCCCAAUAUUGACCCCUAUGACUCAUAUGAGCCCUCGGUGCUGCGGGGCGCGCUGCUGGGUCACACUGACUCAGUGUGGGGAGUGGUCUACAGCUCGGCCCACCAGCGCCUGCUCUCCUGCUCCGGGGAUGGCACUGUGCGCCUGUGGAACGCUGCCAACACCUCCCCCGCACUCGCCAUCUUCAACGAGAAAGGAGAACUGGGCGUCCCCACGUCAGUGGACCUGGUGUGCAGUGAGUCGGCCCACAUGGUGACGUCGUUCAGCACGGGGGAGAUCGGACUCUUCAACAUGGAGACGCGGCAGCUGAUCCUCAAGCUGGACCAGACUGGAGAGCCCGAAGCCCCGUGCAAGAUCAACAAGGUGCUGAGUCACCCCACUCUGCCCAUCACCAUCACGGCCCAGGAGGACCGACACAUCCAGUUCUUCGACAACAACACAGGGAAAUGUAUUCACUCCAUGGUAGCCCACCUGGACGCAGUCACCAGUUUAGCUGUGGAUCCCAAUGGCUUGUACCUGAUGUCUGGCAGCCACGACUGCUCCAUCCGCCUGUGGAACAUGGAGAGCAAGACAUGCAUCCAGGAGUUCACAGCGCACCGCAAGAAGUCGGACGAGGCCAUCCACGACGUGGCGUUCCACCCCACCAAGUGCUACAUCGGCAGCGCCGGGGCCGACGCGCUUGCCAAGGUCUUCGUAUGACUGCAAAUCCCAAUGGCUAACAGCUGCGUCCGGCUCGAAGGACCAUAAAAAAGGGGAUUAGGUGUGGUGUAACUGAAGGGAGAGAUGGAAGUUGGAGCCCAACUCAAAGGCAGUGUGGAAGGAAAUGUAGUGAGGUGAAUGGGUAACUAGCCACUGGUGUCUGAGUCUCAACCAGUGGCAGUCUAGACUGAAGGUUAGACACCUGAUGGUUUGAAGGCUGAAAGGGUUGAACGUUUUGAGAGAAGGCGGCUACUAUCCUUCCACCGUAUACUUCCUGUCCUACACACACACUCCCCAGCUAACCCGGGCGGGCCUGGGUGCUACAGCCAAACCAGGAGGAGACCAGUGGUCAAAGACCAAGUGGAUAUCCAGGAAAUUCUCAAGACCUGUACUCUCAUUUAGAAACAUUGCAUAUGUUUCCUAACUAACAGAAACACAAGACUCAUAUUCUGCACCCCAACCCCACCCCUAAAGACUGCCUGUGUCUUCAAUGUCGUCAUUUUCAAAGAUUUCAUGAAAAUGUGCCUUUUUCGUCAAUCUGGCAAACAACGUUAUUUUACAGUUUGUGUGCAACGUAGGAGAUUUUACAGUUUGUGUGCAGUGUAGGAGUGGGCAGGGCGUUCAACAACAAGUUAUAAUUUAUUGUCCAACAGCACUGGACAUUGUCUAUUCCAUUUGAUCCAUAAAACUAAGUUUGAAAAUAAUUAUUUUCAUCGGAUGUACAGAGCAUAUGUAUGGCUAGUGGUCAAUGUCACAGUACUGUUUCAAUUAUUGAACGAGGCAGUUGGGAUCCACAAUGCCCUCCAAUCCACUGAAAUAUACAGUAGUGUGCAGAACUGGAGUCCCCCUAAAAAAUAAAAAUUGAAAAGAAGUUUAAAGUAACCUGAAAGUCAGUUUGAAGUUGAAGUAAAGGCCAUGAGCCUGCAUUUCCUUGAUGUGUGAUGUAUUAUAGCCUUUUGUAUAUGUCCAUGUGGUUUUGUAUGUAAUCACAACAAAUUGGAAAUUACUCCAUUAUUUCAUCCCUUAAACAUGUACAAAUGUAGCUUUUUAAGUAGUGCCUAUUGUCCACAUACUUGUUUUGCAUUAUCUUGAAAAGCCAACCCCAUGAAAAUAAUUGAAUUGUUUAAUGAAACUUUGCUAACAAAGUUCCUACAUAUUAGCCCAUAUGAAUCUGUCACCUAAGUGAGAAGCCAUCCUUGUAUUCCAGCUUGCUUUGCUUCACUGUUGAAUCAGUGUCCAGAACUAAAUGGCCUGUACACAGCCAAAACACUGACUUAGCCAGGCCACCACCUUUCUUAAACUUUAUUUAGUUUCCAAUUAAAUUGUAAAUGCUUUUAUGCUUCAGUUCUCCUAGGUACAAGGAGUGCCUAUUUGGUGUUUGGAUGUUCCAUUCUUUACGUAAAUAGGACAGCAACAUUGUAAUAUACUGUAGCAAUAUAAGUAGAAGCGUUAACUCUUAACAAGAACUGUCCUGUGACAAUUUGCUAGCAGUAGAUCAAUUUCUCAAACUUUGUUUCACAAUUUAACAGAAUUGAUUGAUCAAUGUUGUGGUUUGACCUAAUUUGAAUACAUGCUGCUUUAUCAUGCAUUUAUAGUUGAACCAGACAAACUGCACUGAAAAUGGUUUGCAGUGAAACAAUUAUUCAUUUGAUUGUUUUUUUUAUUUGAGCUGUGUAUUUAGGCCUCUGUGUCAUUUAAGCCAAAAUAAUCAACCAAGUAUUGUCUUACAAUGACAAGAUGCUUCACAGAGAGCCUGCAGAUGUGAAGUUUCCUGCAACUGCUAAAUUGGCUCUUUCAGCUUAUAAUGCUAAGUUAGCUCUUUUGCUAAUGCUAAGUUAAUGCUAAUGCCAAGUUAGCUAUGACUGCUAAGGUAGAUUCUGCAUAGAUAUCCUGCUUGCCACUGUGCUGAGCCCCCUUGGCUCCCAUUUUGACUGCAGAACUGAGGUCUCUUAGUACUCAACUGUGUUUAGGCGAUAUGACCAGCACUGGUCAGAAAGCAGGGUAAAUGCUUUAUGUAAUAACUGUUUGAAAAUAGAAUUUUGUCUAAUUAUUUUGAGCAAUUACUAGUUUUUUUUAUUUACUAUACAUGGUUGGUGAAAAAGGUAAAUCCUUGUUAAAUACAGGUAGAUAUUUUUUUAAAGAAUAUUUUCUGUUUUACUUGAACAUUUAAGAGUUAUUCCUUGGGGGAUUUGUGUACUUUGUUUUUUUGUAGUUCAAUGGUUGGAGAUUUGCCGGUCUUAUCAAAAGUUAUGCCUUUGGUUGUGAGCACUACAAAACAAGACAGAUUUUGUCAUUUAUUCUCCAAGUUGUCUCAUCUGCAGUUGAACAGUGAGAGAUUAGGAUUUCGCUAUCUACCAAAUGCUUUGGUCUAAAAUAAGGACUGUUGAAUGACGAGGAUGGAUCAAAAUCUGUGGGGAAUUUGGUGUGCUUGCGUUGUACAAAGAUCUUUUUUUAUUUACUUUGGUGUCAGGUAAUUUUAGACAAUGUAAGCGAGAGAACAAAAACGUGUACAGUUUUAAAGUAUAAAAAAAAUAUUUAUUAACACAGUAUAUUGAGUGGCUAAACAUGGUGAUGUGAAAUGGAGUCAGUAUGUAUGGUGCCCUUGUCGUGGUAAACGUACAGUAGUCUCAUCACAACACUGAGUAGUUGAACAAAAGAGGAAUUGGUAUAGGGCCCCCUGCUGCUCACAAUGUGGAAGAACCAUAUUUCAGCAGGUUGGCUCUCAUUUCAUGUCUUUUAAUGGGUAUGUCCAUGACAGAAUAAUGAGGGCUGACCAUAGGCUAGUGUUUUGUUUGUGUGUUUUUGGUCGUAGAGAACAACUUUAAAGACUAGUCUUCUCCAAAUCAGUUUGAUUGAGCUGUCGUUUGAGACUGUUAGUGUGUCUAUCAUGACUGCAUACUGUCGUCAAUUGGAAUAAUAAUAAUAACCAAGCAAACAAUGGUCCUCCAGAACCAGGAGUCGGACAAGAACUAGGAUUUGAACAAAUAAUUAUUGUACUGUGAUAGGCAGUGUUAAAGCAGAAUGCUCUAGUCUAAAUAGUGACUCAUAUAUGCGUCAAAUUCACUUGUCCAUUCUGAGCAGCAGGGGGUGUUGCUUGCGAGCAAUACAAAGUGAAUGAGAAGAGAUCACACAAAACCAAGAACCUAUUAAUAACCAAUGGGAAAAUAAACAAGUCCUGGGCGAAACCAAGUUUGCCAUUUGUAAAUCAAAAGUAAUUCCCCUUUUAACCUCCAGUUGUAUAGAGAAUUCUUUUAAGAUGUGAAUUUGAUAAAUAUGCUAAUUGGACUGUACAUACAGUACAUAUAAUUAUUGUCAUUAUAGUUUAUUCUUUUUUCAUGAUGUAUUGUAUUUUUUUCUCAGAUGGGAGAUUGACAGAUUUAUCAAUAACAACAAUAAAGGAAUAUGUUGUAUAUCA